GCGUUAUCACGUGACUUCUUUGUGUGCUGAGAGCUCUCCGCGUGUGAGUCAGUGAGCCCACUACACCAGUUGAAAUUGCUUUUAUGUCUAAGUUUUAACUCAAACUAGCACCCCAAACUCUCCAGAUAUACAGGAGAGACUCUCAUCUACGUGAGUGUGCUGAGAAAGGAAAUGAUAGAAGUGUAACUAGCGGAAAAGAACACGGAAACGUGCGGAUACCUGACUGGACUCAAUGAAAGAUAUGGCGGUGGUGAGCCAUCGACACGCACGUCACAUUAUGGCAUUUCAGGGCGGACCUGCCCCGGCCCCCUCUCAACAGGCCAUUCUGACGGCUGCUGUGGCUGUGCCAUACUAUCAAGUGGUUCCUCCACAGGACGUUCAGCCGGAUAGGCCGAUAGGAUAUGGAGCUUUCGGUGUCGUUUGGUCAGUGACUGAUCCACGAGAUGGUAAAAGGGUAGCUUUGAAGAAGAUGCCGAAUGUUUUCCAGAAUCUUGUGUCCUGCAAGCGAGUGUACAGAGAGUUACGGAUGUUGUGUCAUUUCAAGCAUGACAAUGUAUUAUCAUCACUGGACAUCUUACAACCACCUCAUAUUGACUUCUUCCAGGAAGUUUAUGUCAUCACGCCAUUGAUGCAAAGUGAUUUGCAUAAAAUCAUUGUUUCCCCUCAGCCGCUCACAUCAGACCACGUCAAAGUCUUUCUGUACCAAAUACUCAGAGGUUUAAAAUACCUCCAUUCUGCACGUGUAUUACAUCGAGAUAUCAAACCAGGGAAUUUACUAGUCAACAGCAACUGUGUAUUAAAGAUCUGUGAUUUUGGGUUAGCUAGAAUUGAAGAACCAGAUGAAUCCAUCCAUAUGACACAAGAGGUUGUGACUCAAUACUACCGUGCUCCAGAGAUCCUUAUGGGGGCCAAACAUUACAACUCAGGGGUCGAUAUCUGGUCCGUUGGCUGUAUAUUUGCUGAACUACUGGGACGUCGAAUUCUCUUCCAGGCCCAGAGUCCCAUUCAGCAGCUGGACCUGAUCACAGAUCUUUUGGGCACUCCAAACCUUGAAGAUAUGAAAACAGCUUGUGAAGGGGCCAAGACUCACAUUCUGCGGUCAGCACACAAACCGCCAUCCCUAGCUGCACUGUACACUCUCUCCAGCCAGGCUUCCCAUGAAGCUGUGCAUCUCCUGUGUCGCAUGCUUGUGUUUGAUCCAGAAAAAAGAAUAAAAGCAGCUGAUGCCCUUGCUCACCCUUAUUUAGAUGAGGGAAGGCUGCGCUACCACUCCUGUAUGUGUAAAUGUUGCCAUAACACGUCUACGGGACGCCAGUAUACCUCAGAUUUUGAACCGGUGUGCCAUCAGCCUUUCAGCUAUGGCUUCGAAGAUGGACUGACUUCAGUGCAUCAUUGCAGAGAAAAACUACACAAAUUCAUUAUAGAACAACAACAGAAAAACAAAGUUCCUUUAUGUCUCAAUCCCAAUUCCAUGUCAUUCAAGAAUUUUGCAAGUUCACAAGUCGCCCAACCUUCAGAACUCCCUCCGUCGCCACAUGUUUGGGAGUGAAACUGCCACACCAACAGAAACCUGUGAUAACAAAUAUGGACCAAUUCUGUACAGAGAAACAGAUGCAAUGUAAUUCUAUUAUAAUGAGGAUCUCUUUGGGUUAAACAUAAUGAAUUCCAACGUUUGCAAUUGAGUUCAAAUGCAUAUAAAAUCAAAGGUGCUCCCAGUGUGAGAAGUUUUGUAUAAAUCUUGAACUGCAGCUGUUAAACAGUAGUCAUUUCACAUUGUUGUAUUUGCAUUCAUUGUGCGGGUGUAAUCAAAGGGAGACAACCCUCAUUAAGCCACUCAAUGUUACAUUUGAUCUGAUCCAUUAUUUAUCUCCAUUUGAAUUCCAUUUUUGUUCCAUCCUAAGUUGCUCAGCAAAAAUUUUACAAUGAAAAACUCAGAGAUGGCAUUUAGAUACAUGUACUUGGUAUUUCGUAUGGUUUGAGAUAUGAUUGUACAUAUAACAUGGUAAAUUCUUACAGUGUAACAAGUCCAUUUGCCAUUUCAGACACAUGUGUUACAAUGCAACAUGUAAGUUUAAGUAUUACUCUAAUGCAGAUAGCAACUGUCCAUGCAUUACAAAGUCGAAAUGUGAUCUCAUUUUAUUUAUCUUCUUUUUAUGUAGAAUAUAUUGGAUUUUUCCUUUUUGUACAGCAUAUGCACAGUUGCAUUAAACAACUGAGAAUUACUAUAUUUAAUAUGGAAUAAUUUAAUUUUAAGUUCAUGGGAGGUAUAUGAACUCAAAGGUUUUUUUUGUACGGAAAAUGUAUUGCUUAGAUAUUGAGAGCAAGUGUUCAAAACAUCAUUGCAACAUGCUCAGGGAACAAUAAUGACAGCCUUUAGAAUUUAAAGGUUUUUUUGUUUAACGUCUUGGGUAAUUAAUAUUUCAGUUGACAACAAGUGUAAUCUUUUCAUUGACGCAUGUUUAGAUGUGCAGUUUUAUUUGUAAUAUGAGAAAAUUUUAUUGAUCUUACCAAUUAUGAAUUUCUGUGACGAAACUAAGAGGAAUAUAAUGUGAAUUAGGCAUUAUAUCGGAAUGUGACCACACUUCAGAAUUUAGACUGGUUACUCUUUAGUGUCAUUGAUGUUGUGUUACAUUUGUCAAUGCCUUAUAUCCAUGUCAGGUAUCAAAUGGAUAGGAAAAGUGAUGAGUGUGGAAAAAUUGAAAUUAUCAAUUUUGUAGUCAUGUUUUGGUUGUCUGUAGUUCCCUCCCCUUUCAUAAGGAGUCACUUUGUAAACUGCAUUCCAAGUGUGUCCCUCUCUAUAUGUGUACAUUCUCAUUAACCACCUAGAAUUGUGUUUUUGUGUGUAGAGACAUCUGAUUAAAUGGUUGCUGUUUUUUAUGCAAAUAAGAGCAUGGUUCCUGAGUCUGUGUAUCUAUGAACAAUGAAAAGCAAGUAUCCUUUAUAAAUUUGGUUUUCUAUUGAAUUAAGAAUUAAAAGAUUAUGAAGUUUUUGUUAAGUAUUUGGAGAAUAUAAUAGCAAUCAAUAGUUUAUCAUGUGUCAUAUGUGUGGAUGAUUUGUAAGUAUAUAUAUAUAUAUAUAUAUAUAUUUGCAUUUGUCUGACAAUGGGUUAUGGUGUUGUAGCGAUUUUUAUAGCUACCGGUAUACAAUGUAUUUUGGAUGAUUUUGAUCAUAUAUAUACACAUCAAGUGAGUAGUGACGUUCAUACUGGGUUUUUAUUUACUUUUUUUUUUUUUUUUUUUUUACAUCAUCUGAAAGGAUGCAUGCAGAGUAAAUUUCGUAUGAGCCAUCAUAAUGUUAAUAUCAUAUCGGAAGUCUUUCAUGUGUAUUUUAUGUUGAAAUUCAAAGUAUUUGACAUCUGCAAAAUUUCGAACAGAUGGGCAUUCCCGGCCACAAUGUAAGCCUGUGUGUGAUGCAAUGACAAAUAGUGUAGUUCAAACUUAAUCUAUAAUACCAGUAGCAUUUCUUUCAUGCUUUGUGGAUAAAUCUUGUCAAACCAAAGGAAUCUAUUUUAGUGGUGCUUAACAUGUGUUGUUCACAAUGGAUAAGAAUGAUCCAGUGUUUGUCUUAUGAGUGAAACUGUUGGUGUCAACAUUUUCUCCUGUCAGUGUAAAAAUGUGUGUUUUUUUUAAAAUAGCCAUUACAUGUAUAGUAUGUAUCUAUGUAUGUUAUAAUUCCUUAAAUAUUUUAGAUCAUGCUAGACAUUGAUUUUCUAUAUUAUGUUAUUUCAUGAAUUUUAAUUAUCAGAAAAGAUUUAACAUCAAAUUUGUAGAGUUGUAUAUUUUACAAUCUGUCAGAGAAGCAGUGUGUUAUACGAGGUCAGUAUAAACUUGGCCAAGGAAAACCCAAGUGUAUAAGUGAUUUUCCUUUUUCUGAAAUAUUUUACAAAAUCAGGUGUAUAAAAAUUAAAGUAAAAGAUGCUGCUUAUUCAGGUGGUCACAUGACCAGUCAUUAUAUUUCUGUUUGAGGUUGCUGUAGAUGCUGCUCCUGGCAAGAGGAGAAAAAUGCCAGGUUAUUUAUUGUUUGUAGAAAUUCUAGAUGUGUGUAUGACUCUGGAGAUGCAAUAUUGUAUGUCUUUUUACAUGUAUUUAAGAAUGAAUAAAACCAAAUGAUACAAAUAUAA